CUGGGAGUCGCUUAGCAGUCAAAGACUAUGCCAAAGAGUUCGUGGUCCGAACGUUGUCAUUUCUCUUUCGCGGUCGCUCCCUACUAUGCGUCUCCCAACCGGUCUGGAAUAAACAUCGCCUCGUGGGGAAUGAAGAUAGGUCGUACCACGAUAUUGUAGAUGACGAUGAAGAUGAUGAACAUC